UCGAGGGCUUCAAGUGGUCCCGUCUGUACCAUACACCAUUCACAGAAAACGGGAAUAUACCAAACUGCACAGGGAAACAACCCAUAGAGCGCCAAAACAAACACAACUCAAUUGAAUAUCGUUGAAUGCGUGCGAUAGUUAUGACAUAUGCUCAAUAGUGACGUCAGUUUUCAGUACUAGACCACAUUACUUGAUGAGUUAAUAAGGCCGCCAUGGACAUCUGUGUUACCUGACAUCUACGAUAGGUAUAUCCGACAUAAUUGACAUCGGGAUUCGAAUGAUGUCCAGAUCGAGAGAGGAAUGAGAGCUGUUUAGUACCUGAAAAAGCAUUACAUGUUAUAGCCGAAGACCGGCGGAAGAAGGAGGAAAUAAAUUUUGAUGACACUUUGAUACUAUUAGGCGACGGUGAUCACGUGGCAGUAUAGAUUCAGUAUGGAAUCUGAGAAGAUAAUAUUAAUUCUUGCGGUUGUGUUCAUGUACAUCAGUAGGAGAGUCACUACAGCCCAAGAUAAUGAGGAUGAGCAGCAGUCGUCGUCCUACUCGUUUCAUUCUGUUGAGCUCAGCUUCUGGAUCGCUCUCGGACUGGCAACGUCAGUCAUCUUGACCUGCCUCUGCUGUAUUUUCUGCUGCAAACGAAAGUCAUUCAUCGGCCAACCUGGAGGGCCAACUGCACUGGAGCAAGGACAGGGGAGAGACGGACAAGUAAAUAGCGCCCUCGACUAUUCCUGCCCUCCGCCACCUUAUUCAGAAGCGCCCAAAUACGCCCUCAGUAAGGAAACCGAUGGAUUGCCCGACUACUCAGAAACUUAUUUAUAAAACUGAGCAAAGCUGGAAUCAUGAACUGAAGUAGUAAAGUCGUCCAAAUCGUUUAUUUUCAUACGCUUAUCAUGUAUUAACCAUGAACAUUCUUCAUGGACAACAUGAAAUUAUAACAAAAUGGUUGAGAGAUUUACACACUUGACUGGAGAAGCAAUGGUCGUGGGUUCGAGACCCGGUAUCAUUUGACAAGCCCUUAAUCUAUAUUUGCCACUCUCAACCCAGGCCUUAAAUGGUAACCUAUUGAAGGAUUUCCAAGAAGGCUGUGGAAUUGGUAGCCUAGCUAAAGCCGGUGUAAUAUUAUAGGAGCGAUUUGAGACCACUUUGCUUGGGGGAUCUUCCAACAAUAUUAUUAUUAAUUUCAUCAUUAUCAUUAUUGGUAAUUAAGAGAUUAAUUCACGUAGCGUUAUUGAGAGAUACGAUUAUGUAAUCACUAACUUAUGUCUUAGUCCUGUCCGUUCUGAAGCACGAACAAGAAGACGCAUACUAUCGUGUAAGAGAUGCUCAAAACACAGACAGUUCCCUCUCCAAGGACACUGUUAUAGCUAGAUCAUCGUGUGGAGAUCCUUCUACCGGCCAUCUCGGCCCUCUAUCUUCAAAAAUUGUGAGCGACAGGAGGCGGGAAAGCAACACCCGUGAAUGAUGCCAUUUCCAGUUGCCAGUUAUGACGCAUUUGCAUGGGAUUGAAGAAGCAAAAAACAUGUAUAACUAUGUAUAUGAGGAGCAAAACUUCCAGCUAAAAGUUGAAGAUGUCUAAACCUUCUAACGCAAGGUACUAGCUUACUGGAAGGAAACAAAUUGCUGUCGGUUAUCUCCCUGCUUCAGGGGGAAGGGGGGGGGGGGGGGGUCGGUUGAUGGUGAGGAUUGGUUGAUGCUUUAGACUAUCAAUAUAACUAUGCUGUUUAUAAUCACGUUCGCUCAAUCUGUUUUCUUUUCUCCUGCUAAGACCGGAACGAAUCAUGUGGGGAUCUCAUUGUUCCUUAUUGCUAUCAAUAAUCGAAACCCGUUGUCUUUCGUUUUUUAUUUAUUUUUUUUAAAAAAAAUCUAACUAAUAUCUAAAAGUGAAAUAACAUAUAUCCUUUUAUGUAAAUAUAAUACGUUCCUCAUGUUGAUUGCAGAUGCGAGAAAGAAAUAAUUGAAGAUGGUGAAAGCUGUGAAAACCUAAUAAGCAAAAUAAUAUAGCUUUGAAUAAUAUUCUGCAAGAAGGAUCGUGACUUUCAUAGAGUGCAAUACGAUAUCGGAUAUGUUUUUCUACAUAUUCUUUUCAUUAAAAGAAACUUGUUAUAAGAAAUAUUGAAACAGGGUCAAAUUGACAAUGUCUCUUCAAUUCAUUAUUAUUAUCGAUAUAGUUAUUUGUUCAUAUCGUGCGAUUUUUUUCAAUAUGACAUUUAAACUCUUUUUAUGAUAUAAAAACUUGCGUUUAAGUUUCCUGGUGUUUGUAAACGGGGUACAUAAAAUCCGAUAUAAUUUUAUUUCAUUAAUCUAUUUAUGUAAUAAGAAUACAAUGGUUUCUGCAUCUGUAUCAACUUUUGUCAGCACUAAAUGAUGGAUGGUUACAAUUAUCAAAACAUUUCUGUUAUCCGUUUUGGCUGAUUAAGAAGGAUGUCUUUUUAUACUUUGAAUUGUGACAAGUUGUCGCUUUCUCCAGGUCGAUGGGUUUGGAACUUACAAAGGCCAAUAAACCACAAUCGAUCGAUUCUAAUUGUUUUUAUUAUUUUGUAUUUUCAAUGUGAUUAAUUCAGCUACGCUUAGGUUUAUGGAAGCAUAUGAUAUUUUUGACUGAUUAUACUGUAACGUAAUUUAUAUAGUAUAACACAUUUCUUUUAUUUUUUGUGUUGUUAAAUGACUUCUUAGUUACUAUAUAUUAAACGUGAUAUAUACAAUUUAUAUGGGGAAAGACCCACCUGGCUACGGUAGAAUACAGAGCCGUUGAUUAGGAGAGUUUGGCCAACACGGUUCGAGUUGGGCACACAAUGGCGAAUACCGUUAUGUUAGGCAAGUACCGACAAAAGAAUAUACACCUUGCCGUACCCAACUGAACCAAGAUGGCCAAACUCUUUGUACAGAUGGGUCUGGUGGAACAUAAUAUGCUGUAGCUUCCUCUAUCGUUAUAUUUAACCAGAUCCCACCCAGCCAUGCAAGAGGAAUUAUUCACAGUCUAGCGCAAUUCAACAAAGGAGUUGUCAACUAUUUGUGUAGUUUAGUGUCAUUUUAACAUACAAGUGCUUCGGAUAUCAUUAUUGCAAUGGUAUCAUGGAGUCUUCUGAUAUAUAGGAGUUUUCAAAAGAAUAUUUUUAACGUAAGAUGAAUACAUAUGCGGUACACUAUCGAAUAUAAUUGUGUAACCUACAUUCUAUUCUAAGGUUAAAGCUUCCCACCUUAUGAUAUUUGUCUUCCAAUGUUGAUGUGUUAGCAAUGUAUGACCUGGAGUCUAACCCCAAUCAAUAUGACCAAUGCCUUGUACAAGUAUGAAAACGCACUCAAUGUAUGAUGGUCGCGCGUUAAGGUACAUGGUAUGGGACUAUAUAUACGGAAUAAUCAUGUUUGAAUGUUAAUAUAAUAAUAAUAACAUUCUAUGAACUACAGUGUCAUAUCAAUUCUUGAGGACUGUCUAAAUCGUGUUUCAUGGUGCCUUUGUUUCUGCUCUAUCAUUUUCUAAUAUAUGCCAUGUAUUACAAAAAAGCACGCACGAGAUAUACGUGAAACAGAUAUUAUAUAUUUUAAAUAUAAUUACGUCUGAGACAAUGUUCAUUGUACAAUCGAUACAAUGAAACUUUUGUAGGUAUACGUUUUGUACUGUGUUGCUAAAUGCUCGACUAUUCAACUCCUAUAUCAAGACAAAUAAAUCUAUCAUAAUUUUUAUACCAAAGUA